GGAGCUAGGGGCUGGACUGGAGUUUACAGCUGGGCCUGGGCUCCACCAAGCUGAGGUUCAGCGUUGAACUCUGCGAGGUACAGUCCUGUGGAAGAACUGGGCUGACAGCGAUGUGGGUCAGGACGACACUAACGAUUAAAAGAUGGACUGAGGAAAAGUCUGGCCGCAAAAUUGAGAGAACCGAGAAAACUGAUAUAACCAGGUUGCCCAGCUGGAAAAGAGGAUACUCGGCUUGUGUGGACUCCAGCAGUGAUCUGUCUUCCUUUUCUGAAGGUGAGAACGAGGAGACAGACAGAUGUUGCUGGAAACACCAGCAGUGUCCUGGGCAUAUCAUCUACCCCUUCUUGGACUGUGGCCAUCACAACCGAUGUAUGCAUGCUGUCAGCCACUGCAACUGUGAAUCUAGGAGCAGCUCCCAAGAAGUAGGCCUGACCUGCUCCAAAGACGGGGGCUCAACCUGCUUCAACAUCAUCUAUGCCCCUUGCUUUGAACUCAUCCCAGAGGAAGAGUAUGUGGAGCGGAUCUGGUACAGCUGGUGCAGAUGCCACAGGCCCGUCUCUGUGACAGUAAUUCACCAUCCCGCCCACCAUAUGUAUAUGACAGAUGACCUAAAUGAUGACGAGGAUUUGGAAGAGAACCGGCUUUCCACCACAAAUCAUUUAAGUCCCACUGCCAGACCUACUGACCCAAAAUCAGGGCCAGCCACUGGGGCUCCUGACUUAUCAGCACCCAUCACCAUCUGGCGUUCUGAAAGCCCCACGGACAAGUGUCAAGAAGGCAAGGUCAUCAAGAAUAUAAAGAAGAAAAAGGAGAAAGAGAAGGAGGAGGAGAUGGUGGAUGAAAAGGCAAACUUGAAGAAAAAAGCCAAGGGCAAGUUAACUAAAAAGAAAAGCCCAGUGAAGUCAGAGUCUUCCCCUGCAGACUUGAGCCAAUCAGUAAGCCCAAAAGAAAUAGUGAGGACAUCAGAGUCCAGCCCAGAAAGCCGGGAAGGGCUGGAGAGCGAGGACAGUUAUGAACGGGGUAAAGAGAGGCCCUCCAGUGAAGAUGUAGAGUCAUCAUCGCCCAAAAAGAAAGAGAAGUGCUCUGCCCAGGCUAAAAAGAAUGGGACAAAGAACUUACAAACCCGGAAAACGAGCAAGAGAAAAUCUCCCCCAAUGUCCAACCCCAAUCUCAGUUGAGGCUAGGGCAUCCAGAGUGAAUAAAUCAAGCCUGUAACUGACCCCUACUGCUAUUCUCUCCAACAGGGCCUCUUCUUGUGGGAGGUGGCUGGCUCUGUCUGGGCCUACUAAAGCCAAAGGGUCAGGGGCUGCAGGGAUUCUCUAAGGGCAAUCCUGCUUUCAAGGAGGAAGUAUAUGUCUAUGGGAAGUUAAGUAGGAGGGAGAGAGAACACCUUUUAAGACCAGGUGGAAGAAUCCAUCUGGGUAAUGGGCAGGAGGUGGGGGGAACAGUGUUGUCAAAUCCACUCUGUGGUGGGCAGCACUAUGCAAUGCUACCUUCAAUAAACUGAACCUGCCACUCACUCAGCCUGCCUCUCCCUCCUCAAGUGGCCCUAAGGGAAGGGCUGUGGCACCAUGGAGGAGAUGCUCUUCCUUCCCAGCUGUAGUCCCAGUCUUCCUCCACCCUUGCAGCAGACCUGUUAUGCUGCAGAAUGUAAAGAGGAGUUCCAGUAGAAGGCCAGCCUUUCCCCACUGACAUACAGAAUGAAGAGAAGUAGGUACAAGCUCAAAUGCAGGCAGCAGCGGCAACCCAAGCAGAGACAAAGAAAGACAGAAAGGCUUUACUCCCAACACUAAAUCACUGUGAGAUGAAGCCUCUGUGAAAGAAAGAUCAGAUGUGCAGAAUAAAA